CUCUGGCAGAUGAUGCGACUGAAAUUACUGAAAUUUCCGCGUGGCUGAAAGUGACACGUGACCGCGAAGCUCUGCCCGCGCGCCUGCCGCCCUCUCUUUUUUGGAAUUUUUUCUUCCUCGCUUUUGGAACAUUGCAGCCUACGCCCCUUGUAGGAGACACAGAGACAAGGCACGAUGGAGGCACAGGUCAGCGGCGAUUUCAUGAUCAAGCCCGACAGCACGGGGGCGAAGCUGAACACGGACCAGUGGCCGCUGCUGCUCAAGAACUAUGACAAGCUCCUCGUGCGGUCGUCGCACUUUACCCCGAUCCCGCACGGGUGCUCGCCGCUCAAGCGGGACCUGCACAGCUACGUGCGCUCGGGCGUCAUCAACCUGGACAAGCCGUCGAAUCCGUCGUCGCACGAGGUUGUCGCCUGGAUCCGGCGCAUCCUCCGUGUCGACAAGACUGGCCACUCGGGCACCCUCGACCCCAAGGUGACGGGCUGCCUGAUUGUGUGCGUCGACCGUGCCACGCGUCUCGUCAAGUCGCAGCAGGGCGCAGGAAAGGAGUACGUCGCCGUGCUCCGGCUCCACGACAAGCUGGUCGACGCCAAGAAGCUGCCCCGCGUGCUCGAGACGCUCACGGGCGCCCUCUUCCAGCGGCCGCCGCUCAUCUCGGCCGUCAAGCGCCAGCUGCGCAUCCGCACCAUCUACGAGACGAAGCUGCUCGAGUUUGACAACGACCGCCACCUGGCCGUCUUUUGGGUCUCGUGCGAGGCCGGCACCUACAUCCGGACCCUCUGCGUUCACCUCGGCCUGCUCCUCGGCGUCGGCGGGCACAUGCAGGAGCUGCGCCGGGUGCGGAGUGGUGCGCUGGGCGAAAACGACGACAUUGUGACGAUGCACGACGUCCUCGACGCCCAGUGGCUCUACGACAACCAGCGCGACGAGUCGUACCUCCGCCGCGUCAUCCGGCCCCUCGAGUCGCUCCUGAUUGGCUACAAGCGCGUCGUCGUCAAGGACUCGGCCGUGAAUGCCGUCUGCUACGGCGCCAAGCUCAUGAUCCCCGGUCUGCUCCGCUACGAGCAGGCCAUCGAGGUCGGCGAGGAGGUGGUGCUCAUGACGACAAAGGGCGAGGCCAUCGCACUGGCCUAUGCCCAGAUGAGCACCGCCGACCUGGCCACGGCCGACCACGGCGUCGUGGCGAAAGUCAAGCGGUGCAUCAUGGAGCGCGACACGUACCCGCGCCGCUGGGGCCUGGGCCCCAAGGCGCUCGAGAAGAAAAAGAUGGUCAAGGACGGCAAGCUCGACAAGCACGGCCGCACCAUCGACGGCGUCACGCCCCAGAACUGGAAGGACGACUACAUCGACUACUCGAGCCAGACGCAGACGGCCAUUGCCGUCGACCCCAAUGCCAAGCCAGCGGCUGUGACGACUACCACCACCACAUCGACGAAGCGAAAGGCAGACGAAGUGGGCGACGACUCGGUGGCACCCGCUGGCGAGACAGAGGAGGAGCGCAAGAAGCGAAAGAAGGAAAAGAAGGAAAAGAAAGCAGCAGCGGCGGCCGCGGCCGCGGCUGGCGGCUCAGCAGGCGCAGACGGCGAGGAAGAGACGCCGAAAAAGAAGAAAAAGAAGGACAAGAAGGAAGAGUAGUCUUCUAUUCUCUUCUGCACGCGUUCAUUUCUCAGUCUCUCUCUCUAUCUUGGCUCUUUGUCUGUACUCUAUUUCAGCAUCUGAAUGGCAUCUGCCCCUCUAUCUACACACACAAGCC